AUGCCUACGCCGUCAGACGACUUGAAGGCAUCUCUAGAGAGGCACAAUGCCACGUUCGAAACACUUCUCAAAUUAAUCCCUGCAAAGUACUACCUGGUGCAAGAAGCGACUGAGGAAGAGAUUGCUUCUAAAUACCAGAAGAAUAGCAAAAAGCAGAAGGCACCAAAGCAAGCCAUCAAAGAGGCCUCAAAGAAGGCAAAACGAGAGAAGCUUGACCCCGCGAACAAUAAAUCUGUAAUCGAGAUCCAAGAUGAGGCCUUCAAGCAGACGCAGGCGAGCAGUCAGGCAAGCAAGAAAGGAAAAGGAAAAGGAAAAGCAACAGAGCCAGACUCAGACCUGGACGAUGACUCCGUGGACCUCGACAUGGCUGUGGAGAUGGACGAGGACGACUCUGAUGUGGACAUAGAUGUAGCCAAGUCGCAGCCAGUGGCUGAGAAACCGCUGGUGCCGAUGCCAGAGUCUGGGGGCAUACAAGCACUUCGUGAAAAAUUGCACGCGCGGAUGGCCCAACUCAAGCGCGGUGGUAGGUGGCAGGCGGGAGGCGGAGAGGCGGGUAGCAGGGACGAGCUGCUGGACGAGCGCAGGAGGCAGCGGGCGGCCAUGCGUGAGCGGCGGCGCAAGGAGACGAAGGAGAAGAUCCGGCGAGAGGAAGAGAUGAAAGGAAAGAGAGGGAAGGACAAAGAGAGAGAGAAGGCGAAGGGGUCGUUAACCAAGACACAACUGCUUGUACCAGAAGAGGGCUCGUCAUCCAAGUCUGGACCAUCACAAGACACUCGCUCGGCAGUGACGAAUGUCGCCUUCUCCGCGCUUGCUGGUUCGUCUGGUAGUAGCAAGAAGGCACAACACCUCAAGACCGCAUCAAACCCCACACAGGCGCUCGAGCAACUUGCAGCACGCAGAGAGAGGGUUGCCGCAAUGCCAGAAGAAAAGCGCAAGGCAAUUGAAGAAAAGGAGAAAUGGCAGAAGGCGGAGGCGCGGAUGGAGGGCGUGAAGGUGCAUGACGACGAGGCACGGCUCAAGAAGGCCGCCAAGCGGAAAGAGAAGGAGAAAGUGAAGAGCAAAAAGACUUGGGAAGAACGAAAAGAGCAGCUGGCAGCGUCCAUGGCUACCAAACAGAAGAAACGGACGGAUAACAUUGCCAUGAGACAUGAAAGGAAAAACGACAAGCGGAAGGGUGGCAAGGCGAAGGAUAAGGGCCGUCCUGGCUUCGAAGGAAAGUCGUUUGGGAAGAACAAGGGAAAGCCUGCCGCGAAGGGUAGAAAGUGA